AUCUUGCUUCGAAAUAUUUCAAAGAAGAAGAAAACUUUGACAGUAGGUUCGAUGGAUCAAAUUUUAUGAUACCUGGAAUAACCUCCAACUCUGCCAUUCUCCUUCACCUCUCGUUUUCAGUAGUACUCGUUUCGUGUCCAACGACUUAAAAAUGCGUUACGUGGCUGCUUACCUUUUGGCCUCUUAUGGCGGAAAAGUUAAUCCAACUGCUUCAGAUUUGGAAAAGAUAUUGAGCUCUGUUGGUAUUGAAUGCGACCUAGCUAAGGUCAAAAAAGUUAUUGACGAGCUUAAUGGAAAGUCCAUUGAUGAAUUAAUUGCACAAGGACAGGGUAAACUUGCUAGUGUACCUUCUGGUGGUGCUGUUGCUGCUCCCACAGCUGCGUCCGGUGGUGCUGCAGCCCCAGCUGCUGAAGAAAAGAAAGAAGAGAAAAAGAAGGAAGAACCUGCAGAAUCAGAGUCUGAUGAUGACAUGGGCUUUGGUCUCUUCGACUAAGCUUAAGAACAAUCAUGUUUUCAAGUUUUUAAAUAAAUAAAUAAAACCCUUAAA